CUUGACACUGCCACCGUAGGCUCUCAGAUCGUUGUGGCUGAGUUUUGGAGCCUCUUGAUAUGCCUGACGAAAUCGUGUUAUCCGCCACCAGAUGUCUUCAGCCUGCAUUUCUCACCACCUAAAUAAUACCUCUAUCGCCAGGCUUCCGUGAAAAAUAUUUGUUUGGAGCCAGUUAGUUUUGCCAAGUAGAUUCGUAUUGGCCACGAAGACUGACUUGCGAGGAUUCCAACGAAAAGGACGUUCCUUGCUAUAACAUCGGCGAACAUCUAACGGCGUCAAUCAACAAUGUCUGAAGAAAGUACUCAGAGUCAGGCUCCAUCAGGAUCCACUCCGACACUGAGCCCCGAUGAUCCAGCAGCCCCUGGCCAUGAAUCCCCUCCUCCCUCUGCAGAAGUGUCGGCAGCAUUCCGAGAGUCUAAGAUUUCCAUCGCUGUUGACUGCUCCGGCAGUACUUACGGCGCCGUAUUGGAAGCGGAGAAGAAGGCAAUUCAGAGUGUCUGCUCACUGAUCCCACGGAGCCGACACUCCAACAUCACUAUUAUUCCAUGGAACAAUGAAGCCAUGAAGCCUUGCCCGAUCUCGGAGAUUGGUAUCAUUUUUUCAAGCGGCGGCACCAACCCAAACUCUGUGCUCGAAGACCGUGACAGCAGGCGUGUGCUUCAGGAUUCCGAAUUCUGGUUCUUAAUGACAGACGGCAUAAUUGAUGAGAGUCUGGUGCAUAAAUUCGCUCGACGCCUAGCCGGCUACUCCAUGCAUGGCAAGGCUUGCAUCAUCUCAGUGUUUGGGGAGAAACUAGACAAACCAAGUGACUGCGACAUCAGCGUCGGGGUGUCCGUCUUUGCUGUCAGCCCCCAUGUUGCGUUCCUCUACACCGACGUUGAUUCCAAUAAGACCUAUAUCUUGUCGACAAAGGGCUGUUUUUCAGCUCUGCUGCCACCGGGACAUCGGAAUCCAAGGCUAGAUUACGAAACGAGAUGGGAAGACUUGCCUCAGACGUCUUACGAGAACCUCACCCGCAUCUCCGUCCCACCCUCUCAGCUACUAGCCGAGGAUGAAGUCGUACUGCAGGAGAAUGCCAACAUCAACUUCGAGUCGCUUCUUUCCCAAGCGACUGUGGAUGAAGCAGUGAUGAAGCAGGUCCUAGAAAGCGAGGAUAACAUGAAAACCCUCGCAAUCACUGCCAAAGUGAGAGGAGAGGGAGAGAAGUUCAAGAAAUGGUUGGAUAAAGUGGACGCGAAGAUUGACGAACAAUCAUCUGGGAGCCAGGGUGAAGGGGGAGAGAAAUCUCAGCUGCUGGAAGAUGUGGCGGCUAGGUUGGCGAAAGAAUACCACGACCCCGAGCACCGUUUUCCCGAGAUCAGCAGGAGGGUCCGCAUACCGACAGGUUCAAUGACCGCCUUCUAUAACGGCGUUACUGGUCCAGAAGUUGGCAAUUACACCUCGCGUGAAGAGGUCAACCUGCUUCCAAUUCAAGUUGCGCUUCCCGACAACGACGCUCGUAGUUCUCUAUCGAAAACCAGCCGGAUGCGACACAUUGCUACCUCGACCUGUGGAGACGCGGAUUCUAUUAGUUAUAUUGAUGUGGAAGAAGUAUCGCGACGGAAACCCAGAAAAUCGGCAUUUAAUCGUACUUUUCCUUCUUCUCCUAAUCGUUCUGCUAUUUCUUCUCCUAAUAAUCCUUUCCGGAGAGAACUGCAGUCUAGCAACGGGUUCUUCUUUCCAACCGCUGCAAUGGAGUACUUCCAUGGCGAGUGCAUGGAAUGCAGAAGCAACACUUCCGUCUUAACACUGCUUCUGAUACCGCCAAAUUCACAACAGGUAACGCAGAAUUUACCUAAGUUUGGGAACCUUUCAAAGCUGGUUUAUCCGCUCGCAAUGGGCAACUAUCCAGAGACAGACAUUAUCAUGAACUUUGUGGCCUGCGACGGCUGUGCGAACAUCUUGAGCAAGCGUCAUACCAUCUCGGCAGUUCUUCCCCUAGUCUUGUACAGCAAGAACCAAGCAGCCUGGCUCGAGACAAUCAACCUCGCCACAGGGAAGCGUUUCGAUCGAUCUGAUCUGCCGCUUGUAUGGUUAGCUAUUUUGUACACAACACUUGAGAGGCUCUUGUCCAGUGACGAAGAAUCCGUCAACCCUCAUUUCCGGGCAGCUCUUGAGUGGGAAUGCGACAUGGUCCAAUCCUCGGUCAAUUUGGAAAAGUCUAACAGCAAUGUCAUGCCAUACCAGCUAGGAGUUGGUAUUAUCCAAGAUGUCCUCCUGUCCAGAUUUCGGGACGCGCUAGUCCGGGAUGACCUUCCGCUGCUGCUUCACUAUCCCAUGGACGGCUUCAUCGUCGCUAAUGCCAUCCUCUCCAACUCACGACACAACAAGACGCUCGGUGCAAAAAAGAGGAAGAGGAUUGUACUUAUGCGCUUUCUUUACUACCUUACUGAACGCUUUCACGACAUUCAGGAUUCAAAGGGCGAGGUCGUCCACGAGCUCACCAAAUCUCUGCUCCUCGGUAACAGGCUGACAACUCCAAGGCGAACGCGUACACUUUUCCGAUGGGAGUCGGUGCGCAAGAUUCGGGGGUACUCCAAGUACCGUGAUGACAGUACGGGGUGGUCAAUAAGCUCGCUUUUGCAGGUUCCCCAGAGCUCGUACAAGGUCUCCGUACAGGUCGGGGAUCUCCUGGGCACGCCUCUCCUCACCGCCGAGGGCCUUUCCACGUUCCGGAGGCUCGAGGAUCUAUUUGACUGGGUUGAGAGCCGUGCGGGACAUGCGAUCGCGGUCUUCGUACACUACCUGCUUCGGGUAGAUGCCGGUGAACUGGAACCUGAGGCCCAUUUUCGGAAGAUGAUGGAGCAAAGUACUAUCCAGAAGGCGCUUUCGGAACCGACAGCACUUAGUAUGCGUGAUGUGGAACGCGUUAUUAAGGAUCUGCCAGGUUUUGAAGAGUGAACCCCCCAAGCUUUUGUUGUCUUCUCUUUUCUCACCCUUUUGGUCUUUAUUAUUUAGGGUUGGGUAGAUAUUCGAAAAUAGGCUACGGAAGCAUUCGAGGUUUAAAUGUAGUAUUAACAAUUCCGCCUACUAGUUGCUAAUUUCGUGUCUAUGUAUUACCGAGAGCUGCCUUGAAUAUACGGUAUGCCUGGGCUAAUCCCCAUUGUCCAAGUCCACGCUAUCCAACUCGUCUUCUUCAUCCGACCUAGCAUCACAAUUCUGGGAUCUCAACGAACGAUGUGUGAAGAAAAUGUAGAUGGCAACCGCAAUAGAUGUCGUUAGAACCGUCAGGACUACCCAGAGCCAGGCGGUGGUAGGCCUGUGCAACCAGUCCUGCUGGUUAAAGAACGGCAUAGCGAGAAUCGACUGCGAGGGUUC